GAUGGCGGGUAAUGUUUUAUAUUAAACACUGCCAACUUAUCCAUAUAUAAGCAGUGUUUUCCCAUCCGAUCAUCCAUUGCUAAACUUGAUUCAUUGGCACAUUUUUUGUAUAGAAAUCCUCAUCUUACCAUCAUGGACACUCCAGACGAUAUGCUCAAAUCAGAAAGAAGAAAUCUCCGCCAACAUAUCGGCCUUGGACCAGAACCCGGUGACCCCCCAUCCGACCCUCCUGCAUUCCAGCCAUUAUUUUUCAUCGAGCUGGCGCCUCCUUCAAACAGGGGUUCCCAGUGUAGACUUCCUACUUGCACUAGAAGAAUUUACCCUGGCGAGUUGCGUUUUGCCCUAAACCCGGGCAUGAGAGGUGCUAGUCGGUAUAGAACGUCCUCUUACCUCUACCACCUCCCCUGCUUCGAACAAAUCGCCGACUUCUCCCAAAUCCCCUUUCUCGAUCGCGUCCAGCCACUCACGCGCAACAACUGGGGCCUGCGCGGUCUCAACGCCAGCGCCAUCCUAGACGGCAACUACAUGCUACCGGGAGGCGUGGAGCGCCUCGUCCUCGAAUGGAAAGUCACGCGUGGGAAAUGGAUCGAUAUCCGCGAUGGCAAUUACAAAGAAAGUCGUAUGGAUGCUGACUUUGAUGCAUUGUUGCACAAGGCUGGGUUGGCGGAGUAUUCUGGGAAACUGACCAAGCCGCCUAAGAUGGGUGAGUAUGAGUAUCAUAAUCUUUUGUAUACACUUGCGCCGUAUGAAAGUGAUGGGGUUGGGGAGGAGUGGAAUUUGUUUGAAAGUUAUCUUGAUGCUACGGAGGGGGCUGUUGAUAAUCCGUGUGAUUUGAGUGGUAUGCUUGGGCGGUGGAUGGAGGAUGUGGAUACUGCGUGGAAAACAGAUGGAGUCGACAGACUGGGUGAAAAGGCAGCCAGAGCGCUUAAACGGUUAUCGGCCAUUCCACACCUGGAGCUGUAGUCAUUGCUGGUCUUAAGAGAUAAGAUUAUCUGAAUCAUGUGUUGCAUGUGUUAUGAUUAGGAUACCCGAACACAGCCUCUGUCAGACAAUACUCCACGUGGAGUCAUCUUCUUAAUCAAGUCUAAUGAAGCAUAAUCUUACCCUAUUCUCGAC